GUUAAUGUUUUCUGAAUUUGGUCUCCUUACGGUUUAAUUACCACGUUUAGGUUAAUUGUUUCAUCUUUUUCUUAAUUAACUGUUUUCUUUCUUGAUUUCUGUGUAGUUAGUAAUUUAAUUAUCUAUUACCACCAUGUCCGGAGGUUUAGCUUCUCUUUCAAUUACCCAAGAUGAUGUGUCCAAGUUUCUUGCCUGUCACACUCACAUUGGAGCUAAAAAUGCUGAUUUUCAAAUGGAACAAUAUGUUUACAAACGACGAAAUGAUGGUGUUUUCUUAAUUAACCUUCGACAUACUUGGGAGAAAUUGCUACUCGCUGCUCGAGCUAUUGUUACCAUUGAAAAUCCAGCCGAUGUUUGUGUUAUCUCUUCGAGAGUACAAGCUCAACGAGCUAUUCUUAAGUAUGCUCACUACACUGGAGCCACUCCAAUUGCCGGUAGAUUCACUCCUGGUACAUUUACCAAUCAAAUUCAAGCUGCUUUUCGGGAACCAAGACUUCUUGUUGUUACUGAUCCACGAUUAGACCAUCAACCUCUAACUGAGGCUUCAUAUGUCAAUAUCCCCGUAAUUGCUUUCUGUAACACUGAUUCUCCGCUUAGAUUUGUAGACAUUGGUAUUCCAUGUAAUAACAAAGCUCCUCUUUCGAUUGGUUUAAUGUGGUGGAUGCUCGCAAGAGAAGUUCUUAGAUUGCGAGGAAAACUUUCUCGAGAAAUUCCUUGGGAAACAACUGUUAAAGUAGAUUUGUUCUUCUACCGAGAUCCUGAUCAAGAAGAAAAGGAAGAAGCUGCCGUUGCAGAAGCCGCUAAACCAACUGCUCGAGCUGAAGUUGAUGGUGCUUAUGCUGAAGAAUGGACUACAUCAGUUCCAAUUGAGACUCAUGAGCCUGUUGAUAUUGCAAGUGGAACCGCUGUAGGAAGUAACUGGCCAUCAGCUGGAAGUGCUGCUCAAGCUAUUCCCGUUUCUCGUGAUUGGCAACCAAGUGCCGCACCAAUCACAGAUUGGGGUGCAACUACUGAUGAAUGGUAAAUUGAAUCGUCGUUUGGCCUGUAUUGAUUGAUUUGUUAGGUUACACAUUGGAAAGAUAAACAAGUUAUGAUGAUUUAAAAAGACAAAUUGCUACGAAAAGGAGACUUCUUUUGGCCAAUUUUUUUCCAAAAUAAAACGAAAAAAAAAUGAAAAAACUUUAAA